AAUUUUCAUGUUUGUGAUAACGUUUUCUAGUGAAUUUAGAUUUUUAACGCUACCACCACUAGAAAGUGACAGCUGAACAUGCAGUAACACGAACAACAGUCAGCUGUAGGAAACAUUUGCAUUGAACUUCACCAUGUUUUGAGGAAGUAAUAAGGCUGCAAACGGCUUGGUGACCUGAUUGGACAAGAACAGAUUCUAUCUGCUGGCUGAACUUCGACAUUCAAUUACAUUUUGCACGUGUAAUGGAGGUUACAGGGGUUGUGUGGUUUGGCAUUGUUACUUUCCUUUGUCAGGUGUUUUCGUGCGCAUUUGCAGACGAUCCCUCUUCAAAAGCAGACAAAAAAGCAGUAAUUUUCAGUAGCAAUGAUAGAAGCACAAGAGCUGAGCAUGUCUACAGUCAUGAGGACAAUCACAUGGAUACUGCAGUGAAUGCAGCUUCACAGUUAGAAACUCCCUCUGAUCUUCUGAUUGUGGAGUUUCCAAGCUCUUCAGCAGGACAAAGGAGAAGAAAGAGAGAGUGGGUUAUUCCUCCUUAUAGAAUACCUGAGAACGAGAGAGGUAGUUUCCCCAAAAAACUGUUCCAGUUAAAGGUAAAGUUGUACGGUGUACCAGAUGAAGAGAUAGUUUACAGUAUCACAGGAGAAGGGGCAGAUCAGCCACCUGUGAGGAUUUUUACUAUUGACAAAAAGACAGGGAAUCUCUUUGUGACACAGCCACUGGAUAGAGAAAAAAAGGAUUUAUACAAGCUCAAGGCUCAUGCCAUUUCAGAAGAUGGGAAAAAAACUGCAUCACCCACAAACCUUACUAUCAUUGUAAUUGACCAGAAUGAUAACAAGCCAGAGUUUACUGAAAAUCCAUUUAAUGGACAAGUUUCUGAAGCUUCUAAAGACCUUGAAUUCAUGACAGUCACAGCCACUGAUGCAGAUGAUUCAGAAACUAACAAUGCUAUGGUCAGAUACACAAUUGUCAGCCAAGAGCCGACAUUUCCAAAACCACACAUGUUUGAUAUCAACGCUUCAACUGGAACCAUUCGUGUGCGAGAACCAGGCAUGGACAGAGAGCAAUGGCCCAGAUAUACUUUGUUAAUAGUGGCCGCUGACAUGGAAGGAGAAGGUUUGGCAACCACUGGCACAGCUGUUAUUACUGUUACUGACAGCAAUGAUAACCCACCACAGUUUGAGCAAACUUCGCACAUCAUAUCUGUCCAAGAGAAUAAAGUAGGGGCAAUAGUGACCAAACUUACAGUUACUGAUGGAGAUGAAGUUGGAUCACCUGCCUGGUCAACCAGGUAUCGGAUUAUUAGUGGUGACAAGAGUGGGUUUUUCAGCGUCAGUACUGGACCCAGCCAGCUGGAGGGCAUCAUCACCACUGUAAAGCCCCUGGACUUUGAGAAGACAAAGCAAUAUGUUCUGUGGGUGAUUGUUGAAAAUGAUGAACCAUUUGUCGGUUCUUUGACCACUUCCACUUCCACUGCCACAGUCACUGUCAAUGUAGAAGAUGUGAAUGAGCCUCCCGAGUUUAAUCCAAAGGAGAAGGUUAUUUCCAGACAUGAAAAUUUACCAGUUGAUACCGAAUUGGUUGCUUAUUCAGCCAGUGAUCCAGACACUGGAAAAUCACAGAAGAUAACGUAUAUAAUUGCCAAUGAUCCUGCUGACUGGCUAAGUGUAAAUCAAGACACUGGGAUGAUUAAAGUCAAGAGUAUAAUGGAUAGAGAAUCUGCCAGAGUCAAAGAUGGCAAAUACAGGGCUAUCAUUUUGGCCCUGGAUGAUGAUGAUGAAAAUCCAGCAACUGGUACAGGAACCUUGGUAAUUGAAUUGGAGGAUGUAAAUGACAAUUCUCCAAUUAUUAACGAAGAAAGUAUAGAGAUUUGCAAUCGUGAGGCCAAAGUGCUUCUCUCAAUAACUGACAAAGAUGGACCUCUUUAUGCUGCUCCCUUCAGUGUUGAGCCCCAAGGAGACACAAAGAAAAGCUGGACUGCCAGGAUGAAUGAAACAAAAACUGGGAUUCUGUUGACGCUUAAUUCUGUGUUGGAGCAGGGAAAUUACAAUGUUGUCCUAAGGGUUUAUGAUACCAAUGACAUGUAUCAGGACAACUCCAUUCAAGCAACAGUGUGUGACUGCAAAGGAGAUAAAUUUAUAUGCAAAAAAAUGAUGGCGGGGAUCCCACUAUCAUUAACUCUUGGAAUCAUGGCAGCCAUCUUGGCUCUGCUGUUAUCUCUUCUUCUACUUCUGCUGCUCAUGAGGAAGAAACAAAGUAGUAUGAAAAAGCCGCUCCUUCCUGAAGAAGAUGACAUAAGAGACAACGUCUGCUGUUAUGAUGAGGAAGGCGGUGGAGAAGAUGAUCAGAACUAUGAUUUGAGUGUGUUGCAUCGAGGCCUGGACAACAGACCUGAAGUGUUCAGAAACGAUGUGGCACCUAUUUUCUUGCCUGCACCUCAAUAUAGACCUCGACCAGUCAACCCUGAGGAGAUUGCCACAUUCUUUUAUUAUAAUCUGAAGACUGCAGAUGAAGACCCCACAGCACCCCCAUACGACUCCCUCCUGGUGUUUGACUAUGAAGGAGGAGGCUCUGAUGCACGUUCACUCAGCUCCCUCAACUCUUCCAGCUCAGGACAGGACCAGGACUAUGACUUCCUCAAUGAGUGGGGCCCACGCUUUAAAAAGCUGGCAGACAUGUAUGGAGGAGAAAAUUAAAAGUUUUUCAGUUGUAGAGAGGGGGAGGUUGUGUUGGAGGUUUAAAAGUAGAAUUUUUCUUCAGAUUCAUGAUUUUGCCUUAUGUCCCUGCUUUGUCAAACAUUUUAAGAUCGCAAUGAGCUUGUGUCAGCUUUUUAGCAGUUAUAAAGAGAGCAUUCUUUGUGUACUUUUUUUUGGCUAAUCCAUUCAGAAUUUGGCCAAAUCAUAUCUUGCAGUCCUUACCACCAGUACAAAGAGUGAAAGAUUUUUUUUUCUUUUCUUGGCUCAGUAUGUGUCAGGAGGACAAUGGCAGCAAAUAGAAUGUGAAUUUUGUGUUAUUCUAUUAUAAAGUAUCAAUCGGUUUAGUGAAGAUCUAAGUGAUGUGCAUACAGAUCUAUUAUUCAGCUGUGGGUUUACCAUUUUGGGGGCCCUAAGCAAAGUCAAGACCUCAGGCCCUACAUGCCCUACCCUAACAUUACCUUUAUUUAACUAUUUUCUUUGAAUUGUACAUAUUAAACAGAAUUAAGUUGCAUUAAGUGAAAUUUUAUGUACAAUGUGCCAUUUUUCCCCCCUCGCUCUUUCAAUUGACUGUUUAAGUUCAAAGAUACAUUAAACAAUUAAUGCAUCACUAAUGUAAAAUCCUUUUUUUUUUUUUGUUAGCUACUCAGCUAUGUACAUUGAUUGAUUGAUUGAUUGAUUGAUUGAUUGAUUGAUUGAUUGAAUGAUGACGAGGCGUGACACAUUUCAAUAAUUUAUAAUGUAUUUUCCAACCUUCUGAUUCACAUUUAUUACAUGCUAUAACUAGUAAUAUAGUGAAAAGUGCUACCGCUUAAGCUACCUGACUAAAAAGUUUUAAGCUUUGGCAAACAUUUAGUAUUGCAUUUCUCCUCUGUUUUCUUUCUUUUUUGAGUGCCACUUCGUUGUUUCUUUCUACUUUAUCUGGCCCAUUAAUAAAUGAGGUCAAAAGGAGUUAAUUGUUUGUGGCCAGCAAGCCUACAGGCAGUACCGUCGCAAGGGCUGUGCCAAGUGUGCGACCGCACAGGGUAUCGCGCCUCUAGAGGACCUCGCUCUUGACCUGCAUUUUAUGUUAUGUCUAAUUUUUAUUUCUGUUUUUCCACCUAUUUUGUCCUUCGAAAGACUAAAAUAGUCAUAGCUGAUAGACAGUAUAAGACUGAGUAACGCUGUUUGUGGUUAGGAUGACAAAGUUUUAAAAGUUAAACUUUUAGGUUGGUCUGUCCAUCAGUGCUCGUUAAUGUCAGAAUGAUUGAGAUCCAAUCAAAUCAAAGAAGGCGGGUCUUACUGUCACUGUCACAAUUAGAAAACUGUUUUACGAUAGAAAUGUUCAGUAACCGACAGUAACAGACUAUCUAGUGAUGCGAACUACUAAAAUUUUUAUGAAAUGUUGCCAUUUUGAAAAUAUGCGAUCGUGAUUAAAUCAUAAAUGAACAUGACGAGACGUUUGCAUUUUCGACUAUUACAUACUAAUAAGAGUGAAUGUGCACAUUUUUAAAUAAAAUAUUUUCAAAUAGUGUAAAUUGAUUACUACAUAUACAGUAACUACAAACCUAGAACUUGUUUUAACAUUCUUAUUUACUUAUUCCCUUAAAUCACUUUUAAUCCUUUAAUUGCUUUAUUAUUAUGCUGUAGAUCUUACGAUCCUUAUGAGUGUGUGCGUGACCGUGAUUCGUGUGCAAGCAUGUCAGUGAGCACGGCAUCACAAUCGAUCAGAUGCAUGUUUAAGUUGCAUUCGUUUCUAUAGCAAUGCCCCCCCCCCAUACACACAAAAUUGCAGAGGGCCUCACACGUCAACUUUGCACAGGGCCUCACACCCCCCUUGCGACGGCCCUGCCCA